UAGUUUUGGGGAGUGACCUGUAAAAUACAGAAUGCGUUUCAGAACUCGCAAUUAGGAGAAGGGAAAAGCCUGUCCUUAAAAGCUUCCAAACAAUUGUUCAUUCUUGUCUCUAUCAGCUGCUUGUUGAGCUCACAUUAUGAUUAAUUGCAACACCCAGAAAGGAGAGAUUCUAAAGAUCUCUGUAGAUGUACUGAUACAAAACCCACAAAGCUUUUGUGUAGCUUGAAUCUUGCUAUCUCCGAAUUUCAAGAGUUCGAAAAAGGAGAAAAGAACUGCUCCGAUCAAGAACAUAAAGAUUCAUUAUUCUUCUUCUUUGCUUCUUUCUCUAGGGCACCCUGUAUUGACACAUAUGGCGCCCGGUUACAAAGGUGAAUACUUGUAAAGGCAGAAUCAAUCUUUUCAUGGUAUAUAGAAACAUAAUCGCAAGGUUUUCCAGUUUUAGGUGCUAAGUGAUGAACUGUCAUUUGCCUUCAAAAAGAUGCAUGGAUUCUCCACUGCUGAUGGCUUUGUGGAGAUAACUGAGUGCUUGGCGGAGAUGAUUAAGUACGUGGCAAAUGAACCCUCAGCAGGGCUUUUCUAUGUUCAGCAGCACACACAAAAUGCCGUUCCCAAUUUAAUUAAUCUCAAGAAUAAUAUUAAAGAGAAGUCACAUGAAACACUUUUGCACACUGAAGACUUGGAAGAUUCUAUCACCGUGGUGAGGUCAAUGAAAGAUUGUGGUUUCCCCAUUGCUGAUGAGAUGGUUAGAGACAUCAAGACAUCUCUAGCUAUGAUGUCAUCAAAACAACCAAGAAGAGGAUUAAUCCAUGGCCCAACUUCAAAUUUUCAAAUGGGAACAACUAUCUCAUGGGGACCGUCCACUUGGGGUCAAAAUGGAGUCCGGCAGGAAAGCAGAACUAGUAGUUAUUUUUCAUCUGUAUUUAAGACUGCAAAAGAAAGGGCCAGCAAUUUCAAGUGGCCACAGCUUGAUCUGAAAGAUUCAAAACCAACUCCAUCUGAGAAACUAGAGUCUUACAAUAAUCCAUCGGAGUUGGUUGCAUCUGCUAGCACUGGUUCAUCUUUGCCUGAAAUGGAAUCUGAUGAACUGCGCAUGUCUGGUGAGGCUGCUGAUGAGCUAAAAACGGAAGAUGAACAAGUUGAGAUGAACUUGCCACCUUCCAAUGUAUUGUCCCUAUCAGAAAACUAUGAUGAUUUCAAAGCUGAUAAAGAAGCCAAACUGGAGGAGUGGUUGGGUGAGUGUGGUGACAGCCUAGAUAAAUUGCAAGACGGCAAGUGAUGCAAAGGCAAGGGUGUUUUCUUGAAUUCUUUCUUCUUUUUGAUUUUUCUUCUUGUAGCAACAGUUUAGAUACCGGGGAAGCUUUUACUUGUAAAAUCUGUUGUUUGUAGUACACUGCUCCCUGGAUGAUGAUGAUGAUGAUUAUAUUUAUGUUUGUA